AUGGAACAGCAUGGACCAAAACUUAUCGAUAUUACUGUGAGGCCAUCUAAGUCAUUCAAAUGGAAACUGAAAGAGUGUCUUCCAUACAAAACAUACUUACAAUUAUUGAGACAAUCGGAUCUAUUGCUAAUGUCCAUAGAGGUUGUGCUAUUUACUUGGGCGCAGUUAGCUAUCCAACUAAAAUAUGAAUCGUUAGUUGCUGAGAGCUCAAUAUUCUUUCAAGUAGCUUUUAAUCAGAAAAAAAAUUUUCGAAACGGACAUGGAACAAGAACAGGAAGUAAUGAUUUUAUCGAUGACACAAAAGUCGACGACAAAUCGACAGAACAAUCAUUUUUAGACAAAUUCUAUUUCGGAACAGCGAAAAAUGCCGUUGGAAAGAGUGACCAGCAAUUGCAAAUGGCUUUGAGUGCAAAUGACAGGAAAAGUGGUUCACUUUAA